CAUGCAAUUGCGCUGAUGCGUCGGUGGCGCGGCUCGCACAUGUAUAGAAACUUAGAAACGCGAGCGACAGACUUCACCUCGUUCUUGGCAAGAUUUUUUUUCCGAACCAGCUCCUGAGCUGAGAGCUUCAUAAAAUGUUUCAGAUUUUUGCGGCCCAAAGUGCCGCCUCAGCAAGAGUGGCACGAUCAGCUCGAUUACCUGGAAUAUACAUCGAUGCCCUAAGGAAAAGACCACAGAGCCUAUGUUCCGUAAAUCUGACAGAAGCUGCGUUGCAUUCGAUUCGAAGUUACUCUAACCCAGCGAGAAGACCUAAUUUCUUUUCUCAAUUUUUGGACAAUAUAAAACAAGAAAUGCGUAAGAACAAGGAAAUGAAGGAAUCGCUGAAAAAAUUUCGGGAAGAAGCGGCAAAACUGGAGCAGUCGGACGCGCUGAAAUCAGCCAGACAGAAAUUUCAAACGGUAGAAUCGGAAGCAAGCAAAAGUUCAGAAGUUUUGAGAGAGAAACUCGAUACCAUUAAGGAAAAAGUACAAGAGGCCCUGGAUGAGGCCAGCAAAACGGAGUUUGGUAAAAAAGCGGGUCAAAUCGGAGAAGAGUUGUCAAAAUCCGCGAAAGGGGCGGCCGAAACGAUAUCAGAAAAGAGCCAAGCUCUUGGUAAGACAGGAGCGUUUCAGACGAUAUCGCAGACGGCCGAAGCAGUGCGUCAAGAACUGGAUCAACAUGGUAUACAGGGUAGAGUUUACGUGCCAUUAAAAACACUGCGGAAGAGAAAAGAAACUCUGAAUAUGGUCGACGAAAAAGAAUACCAAGUCAAUACAGAAGCGAUGGGAGUCGAGUUGCACAAAGAUUCUAGGUUUUAUCAGUCUUGGCAGAAUUUUAAAGAUAACAAUCCUUACGUCAACAAAGUUCUGGAUUGGAAAAUAAAGUACGAAGAAUCGGACAAUCCGGUGAUCCGAGCCUCGAGGCUGUUCACGGAUAAGGUCACCGACGUGAUGGGAGGUCUUUUCCAAAAAACCGAACUUUCCGAGACCCUAACGGAAAUUUGCAAGCUUGACCCGAGCUUCGAUAAAAUUAAAUUCUUAAGAGAUUGCGAGACUGACAUCAUACCGAAUAUUCUCGAGGCGAUGGUCCGUGGUGAUCUCGAAACACUCAAGGACUGGUGCCACGAGGCUCCUUACAAUUUGGUCGCUCAACCCCUUCAGCAAGCCAAAAAACUGAAUUACCGGCUGGAUAGCAAAAUCUUAGAUAUUGAUAACGUCGAUCUCGUCAUGGGAAAAGUGAUGGAACAAGGACCGGUUCUUAUAAUAAGCUUCCAGUCUCAACAAAUAAUGUGUGUCAGAGAUGCAAGUAACAAAGUGGUCGAGGGUGAUCCGGAGAAAGUAAUGAGGGUUAAUUACAUAUGGGUUUUGUGUCGGGAUCCAACUGAAAUGGAUCCAAAAGCAGCUUGGCGACUUCUUGAUCUGAGUGCCAACAGUUCCGAGCAGUUCGUGUAACCAUGUCGCAACAUUAGAUCUUUUCGUAUUUGUAAUUUUGUGAAAAAUCAUGCCGACGGCCCCCUGCGGCAACCCCCUUGUAAAUUCAUCCAGUUCGUCCCGAUGAUCGAGAUAUACUGAAAUAAUAAUUUAUCGCGACCAGCAUUUAUGUACAAAGCUAAAAGCUACUAGCCGCUAUUGCUCGUCGCCUCUUUUUCUCGCCUCUGACCACUGCGGUCUCUUCUCCUCUUUAUUUUUCCAUCUUACUGCAAAAUGAUGCGAAACAAUCCCCAAUUCGAUUCCGAGUUCCGUGAACGGUCGAUUGGGACAGACACAUAAAAGAAACAGAAAAACACUUGUACAUGUUGUUAUAAAUCGUUUCGAGUAUAUCGGCUUUUGCAUAUAUAUAUAGUGGUAUACUAAAUGAUUGCGGAAUUUGGGAAAAGAAUAUUGACUCGUCGAUAUUUCACGGCGUUUAGCAUAAUAGUUCAUUUUUUAAUUGUGCAACGGAAAAUGAGAUGAAAGAGUAUAAGCAGACGAUUGAUGGGUUUUUAGUGGCAAACCUUGUUGAAUAUCGUUGCGAAAAAUUCGCAAAUUGUACAUAUAUAUAAUGAUGUAUUCUUUAAAAAAAAAAAAUGAAACAAAAAAUAUCCGUCAAAGCGAUUCGAUAUAACGAUUAAACUAUUUCAAGACA